AGAAGGCUUAGCAGCAGUCAGCCGUUCAUCUUCUUCCUACUACUCGUGUCCUCCUUGUACCUGUGACUGCAAUUCUCUACCCCUUCUCUCCAUCCCUCAAGGAUUAAGUAAUGCUUCCUUUUCAGAUUGUGGAAAGCAUGAUCCCGAAGUGGGUGAAGACACGGAGAAGAACUUCGCAGAGCUCUUGUCUGAGGAAUUAAAGUCGCGAGAAGCUGAAGCCUCUGAAAACCAGCACAAAGCCGACAUUGCACUGUUAGAGGCAAAGAGGAUGACAUCUCAGUACAUGAAAGAAGCAGAUAAGUGCAAUUCUGGGAUGGAGACUUGCGAGGAGGCCAGAGAAAAGGCCGAUGCGACCCUACUGGCACAGAAGAAGGUGACUGCAAUGUGGGAGUCGAGGGCACGCCAGAUGGGGUGGAAGGACAAGACUGCCAAGUCUCAAUGAAGCCCAUCAUGUACAUCUGAUUCAAAAUGUUUCCACUACGAGAUUCAGCUUCAAGGCUCUCUCAUUUCUGAAAGAUCAUGAAAAUUUCUCUCAUAACCCAAAAUUUAUUUCUUGUUUUGUAAUAUGUUAUAGGUAAAUAGGAGUAUAAUAUCAUUUGCCUUGUGAGUCUCUAC